GCUACAGUAGGAGAUGUGUGUAUGUGGCUUUUCUGCACAGGCAAAGACACACUCCUCUCUACUGGGCUUACAGAAUCCUGGAUGACCACGGGCACAAUUUCUCACAACUGGAUCUACUGGAUAGGAUCGGUAGCUUGUACAUCCCAUCAUUGGACGGGGAUUCCCUGCUUCUGAGGGAAAUGACUGCCAUCAUGCAUAGAGGGGUCGAUUUAGGCAUUUCCCAUCCUGUCACACAUAUCGUGAGUGGAGUGGCCCCAGUUGAGCAUGAGCAAACCUGGAAUACCAUGGGUGUCAGACCUAGCGUUGCUUGGAUCGCUUACCACCAUACUACCACCACAGGACAGACCUUCCAUGGAGCGAUGGUUCAGAAAGCCCAAGGGGCCAGGGGCUGGGUCCAGCACACCUUGGUCCAACUGCAGGAGAUGCUGGCUGAGAGAUACUCAACAGCCGAGCCUGUGAGGAUAUUCCCCAGCCGUCCUGAACCACAAAGAUUCAAACCAAGUGUGCUCACUCUCGGAGAGCAAGGAAAAACUGGGAUACACAGGCAGACUCACAAAGAAGCAAAACAACUGAGUCUGGAGUCCCAGUUCAGUCCUAAAAAUAAGUUGGGUGUAAAGAUUGAUGCCUCUGUCCAGAUGGAGUUUGAUGGACCUUACUCAUUAGAUGAGAGGCUAAUCAAACAGCAAGAUGUUUUCCAAAUAGACAUAAUUCACACUGAGGGCUCAUCAAAGGGAAGGCCAGAUGUUGAGCUAGUGGUCAUUGCAGAGAUCACUGACGUGUCACAGGAAGUUCCAACACCAGAGAGGCCUAGGGCAACAGCCCCCCUCCCAACACUGACAACUUCCUCACUUAGCAGCAUAGAAAGGAUAUUGUGGUUUAAAGCUGUGUCUGAUGGAGAUGACACCAAAUAUAAACUGACCAAUGGAUUCAUAGGGUUACUCAGGAAAAAUAGAGAUUUCCUGAGUAAGCCGCAACGUGAGGUACAACCCGCUCUGGUGAGACGGAGUCAAGUUAAAAAUGGAGAACGAGUGGACAAUGAAGGACAAAAAGAACACCCCAAAGAACCUUCAGGAGAUGAGGAAGAGGAUAGCGCUUUGACAGACUAUCCACCGACAGAAACAACUGAGGGUGACAGCAAUAGCAAAGAAAAAUACGCUGAUGUAACACCAUCAACAGAUGCACCUCAAACAGAUUAUGCAGAUGUAACAGAGGAAGUAGAAGACAGUGGAGAGAAGGAACCAGAAAGAGAAUCUACAACAGUCACACCAAUAUUCACAUUACCUCCAAAAACAGAGCGCACAGAGGAAACUGAGAGUGCAAUGACAGAAAUGGUAGAUGAACAAGAAUUCCCUACUACACUCCCCACACCUACAACUGAAAGCCAAAAAACCAAGUUAAUGGAUGAAACAGAGACAGUCAAUACAAAUGUGGAGAACGACCCUGAGGAACUGGAGUCCACAUUAGAACCUUUAACAUCUAAAAUAAUCUCACAAACAGUAGGUGAAACCAUAAACGAUCAAGAACCUACACUCAUGACAGAACCAACAGAAAGUAUAGAUGAACUUUCAGUUACCACAGAUAGCUUGCAGACAGAGCGCAUAGAUGAAACUGAGAGUGCAAUGACAGAAAGUAUAGAGGAACAAGAAUUCCCUACUACACUCCCCACACUUACAACUGAAAGCCAACAAACCAAGUUUACAGAUGAAACAGAGACAGUCAACACAAAUGGGGAGAACGACCCUGAGGAACCGGAGUCCACUUCCGAAUCUUUAAUAUCUACAACAAUCUCACAAACAGUAGGUGAAACCAUAAACGAUCAAGAACUUACACUCAUGACAGAACCAACAGAAAGUAUAGAUGAACCUUCAUCUACCACAGACAGCUUGCAGACAGAGUGCACAGAUGAAACUGAAAAUCCACCAACAGAAAGUAUAGAUGAACUGCCUCCUACAGAUGGAUGUCCAGAAACUGAGAUUACAGAAAAUCAAACAGAAAAUAUAGAAGAGCCAUCAACUCCCAUUGAAGAAACUGACAAUCCAACAACAGAAAAUGUAGAAGAACCAUCACCUACCAUUGCAGAAACUGACAAUCCAAUAACAGAAAAUGUAGAAGAACCAUCACCUACCAUAGAAGAAAGUACAACACAUGACAAGCACAUACCUACUACAUUUAGCCCAGAGACUGAAAAUCCACCCACAAAAACUACCCAAGAAACAGAUAAUCAACCAACAGAAAGUGUUCACGUAUCUUUACCCAUACCAGAAAGCUUGAAGACAGAACAUGAAACGGACUUUCCAGUUUUGCCGGUUUGCAAAGGAUUGGUCCAUCGAACUGAUGCAGUGAUAAGUCACUGUAGGGAAAGAAUGCGUUUGAAUCCAGGGAAGAAAUCAAAUGAGACAAGUGCAUCAGACAAUGUAUCACGAGAACUACUCUACAUCACAAUCACCCCAGAGACAACAGAUCCAAGCUCAGAAUCACUGACCAUAUGUGAGGAUGAGACAGAGGACAGAGAUCCUAGUACAGACAACAGCAACCUGUCCCAUCCAUCCAGCAAAGAUGAACAUUUCUACUACUCUAAUGGAAAGCUGAAGAGAAUCCAACAUAACGUAAAUCCUAAAGAGUCCGCUACAGACACUGCACCAGGAGAAGUCACUGAGGCCCCAGAAACAACAGGCCCAGAAUCAAUAACCAUAUCUGUGGACGAGACAGAGGAUGGAGGUCCUAGUGAAAUCAGCCAAACAGAUGGAGAAGAGCAUCACAAGGAGCAUGAGUCAAUUACAGACAUUAACAACCCGUCCAGCGAUGGCAAUGAUGAACAUUUUUACUACUUUAAUGGGAAGCAGAAGAAAGUCAGAAAUAACUUAUAUCCUAAGGUGAACGAUAUGUUAAAUACACACCACAGCCAUAGCUCCAAAAUUGCUGAAGGGGAAAUGAAUGUCAAAAGUAUAUCUGAUUAUUUGAUCUCACAGGUGAAAAGAGACUUAACAUCUGGGGAAAGUCUCAGAAGACAUAAACGCAAUACUUCCAAUGGUCAUCAUUACCAUUCUGACCCAUCAGGUAGUGUCAAAAUGAGGCUGAUGAAUGCUGAUGGGAUGUCUCAGAAUGUCCACACAGAGAGAACAGAGAGUCAAACCAAGUUGGAGAUACAAGAGCCAACCACAGCAUCCAAAUCAGACAGAGAGAUCAACACACAUAAAGAGAGAAGAGAGCUAUCCUCUGAGAUAGAAGUAAACACAACCCAUGACAAACAGUCAGUGAAUCUGGCUCUGGUCAUAACUCAGGGCCACAAUGCCUCUCAAUUGGACAAAAAGUUGCCUAUAACCCAACCAACUGGACAGCAGACUUUGUUGAAGUCACAUGAUGGCUCAGAGCCCAAUGGACAGACGCUAAAGACAACCCUCUGCCAAGGCCUAAUUCACCGUGGGGGAUCUGUGACAUACUGUUUAUGGAGGAACUACCGUUACAAGGCCCGGAGAAAGCAUAUCUACAAUGAGACUCCAGCCACCCAGGGCCAACAGGACUCAGGAGACAAUAAACCUCACACCUGGAAACCUAAGGAGAGUAAUAAUCGUGUCACCGUGACCCCAAUUCCCUCUCAACCAGACCAGACAGAUGUCACAGCUAUUAACACCUCUGAAGAGCCAGGUUUGGCAGGUGACACCUCAGGGGCAUUGAUAGUUAAAACAGCAGAUGAACUCAGGGGCGGAGGGAAAGUCCUGACAAUCCUCCAUAGCCAUUCUUUACUCAUGGAUGGCUUUCUUAUUUGCAGGGGUCUUGUGAGUCGAGAAGCCAUGUCCCUGAAGAGAUGUGUUGUUAGAAUGAAACAGAAGAUACAUUUAAACAAUUAGCUCCCUCAAGUUAUUACAACAAUGUGAAAAGUUUAAUGGAAGCCCUGGAGAAGUACACUCAUCCGGUCAAACUGAAGAAAAGCGUAAUGAUGUAAAGAUUUAAAUUAAUACCAAAAGUAUGUGGACACCUGCUCGUCGAACAUCUCAUUCCAAAAUCAUGGGCAUUAGUAUGGGGUUGAUCCCCCCCUUUGCUGCUAUAACAGCCUUUACUCUUCUGGGAAGGCUUUCCACUAGAUGUUGGAGCAUUGCUGCAAGGACUUCCAUUCAGCCACAAGAGCAUUAACGAGGUCGGGCACUGAUGUUGGGGCAAUUAGGCCCGGCUCGCAUUCAGUGUUACAAUUCAUUCCAAAGGUGUUCGAUGGGGUUGAGGUCAGGGCUCUGUGCAGGCCAGUCAAGUUCUUCCACACCGAUCUCGACAAACCAUUUCCGUAUGGACCUGGCUUUGUCCACGGGGGCAUUGUCAUGCUGAAACAGGAAAAGACCUUCCCCAAACCGUUGCCACAAUGUUGGAAGCAUAGAAUCGGCUAGAAAAUCAUUGUAGGCUGUAGGAGCCUGAAUCAUGAAAAACAGCCCCCAGACCAUUAUUCCUCCUCCACCAAACUUUAUAGUUGGCACUAUGCAUUGGAGCAAUUAGCGUUGUCCUGGCAUCCGCCAAAUCCGUGAUUCAUCACUUCAGAGAAUGUUUCCAAUACUCCAGAGGCCAGCUGACGCUUGGCAUUGCGCAUGGUGAUGUUAGGCUUGUGUGUGGCUUCUCGGCCAUGAAAACCCACUCCAUGAUGCUCCCGAUAAACAGUUCUUGUGCUGAUGUUGCUUCCAGAGGCAGUUUGGACCUCGGUAGUGAGUGUGCAACCAAAGAAAGAUUACUUUUACACGCUAAGCGCUUCAGCACACGCCAGUCCCGUUCUGGGAGCUUGUUUGGCCUAUCACUUUGCGGCUGAGCUUUUGCUGCUUCUAGAUGUUUUCACUUCACAAUAACAGUACUUACAGUUGACCGGGGCAGCUCUAGUGGGGCAGACAUUUGAAGAACUGACUUGUUGGAAAGGUGGCAUCCUAUGAUGGUGCCACGUUGAAAGUCACUGAGCCCUUCAGUAAGUCCAUUCUACUGCCAAUGUUUGUCUAUGGAGAUUACAUGGCGUUGUGCUCAAUUUUGUACUCCUGUCAGCAACGGGUGUGGCUGAAAUAGCCGAAUCCACUAAUUUGAGGGGGUGUCCACAUACUUUUGUAUAUACUGUAUAAUGUAUGUGCACAUGCUAUGCACAACUCAACUAUCCCUUAAAUCAUUCUGUCUCAAAGACCAUGAGGCAGCAAUUGUAUGCAAAGGUUAGAGGAAGUUCAUGAGGAUAGAUACAAUACAUUUACAGUAUUAUUGCAAUGUUUAACAUCUUUAUGUAAACUAUGUUGUUCUAUCUGUACAAAUUAAUAGUUGAGUAAUUGAUUGGACUCAUCACAGAGUAACUCAUGGAAUAGAUAUACAAUUUUCAUUCUGUCUUCACCAAAAGAAGAUAAGAAUUGUGACACUGUUCAAUAAUAUCCAUAACUACACAUUCAUAAUGAAACAUUCAAAGUAAUCAAUGCAUUGAUAAUGUGCAUGUUACCAAAACAAUAAAAUAAAGAUUGAUUGACUAGGUUUAAGGCUAAAUAAUAGAAAAAUACAUUUUAUUUUCCCCAAAAAGCACUUAUGUUUGUAAUUGAAUAAUGUGUACUGAAACACAAACUUUUUUUGUGUGACUUUUGACUAUUAUUGUGAUGGUAUCACAGUAUUAUAUGGUAUGUUGGAGAACAAAAUAAACUCAAGUGCACAGCACAAUUUUGAUUACAUUCAGACAGGGGUGUAGCCUGAAAGAUAAGUUGAAUGCUGAAGCGGGGAUGUCUGUACUUUAAUUUAUUAUUUACAUUUUUUGACAACAUUUACUUUUACUUCACUACAUUCAUAUAUUUUCCGUGAUACCCAAAAUGACUCAUUACUUUUUGAAUGCUUAGUAGGACAGAAAAUUGACUACUGCCUCUGAUCUGGCGGACUUACUAAACACAAAUGCUUUGUUUUUACAUUAUGUCUGAGUGUUGGAGUGUGAC